AGGUAAUCAAUGAAACACCCUCCUUUUCUUGUCUAUUUUUUUUUUCUUCCACAACAUCCCACUCUUUUCUCCAGCGCGCGCGUGCAGUUCAUUCUUGUCAUUUGCAAAGAGACUUUAGCUCUACCGAUAUUCAUCCCUCCAUCUUGCCUUUGGAGCCCUCCUAAUUUAAGUCUUUGGGGAUCACAGCCAUCUUUCCCGCCCACUACCCGCGCCUCCAUCAUCACGCUACGUGAUCCUCAGGAGCUGGAACCCGUCGCAAGAACCGUGCUCUUCGUAGAGGCUCAGUCUUAGACUCAGACUCAGGCUUGACGGACCCUGGUCUCGAAGUACCCCUCCACCUGACUGCACUCAAUCUCGCCUGCUGGUGCUGGGCUAUCUGCUUUGUCCCGCCCGCCCCUCCAUCAAUCUCGUGCUAUCGUCAACAUCCAACUUUGUUUUCCGCCUUUUCGCUUUGGUCGUCACAACGCAUUCCUCGAGCUCGCAACUGACUCUUGCUUGAUUUCGCCUCGUUUUCUUUGCCUCUCAUCGCUCGUUGAGCUUAUGCUGCCCAAGUCGUGCCCAAGCAACACCCAACGCAACCUUACGGCAGCUAGUCUUUUGCGCCUGUCAUAUCAGCAACCUCGUCCAGGCCAUACAGAACUCUGAAAAAAGCACCGCCCCCGAUUUUAUUUUUGCUUUGCGUGCCUCAAAACCAUCCCUCGGCCGAAUCAUUUCGUCCCCUGGCCCUUGCGCCCCUCCACUCAGCUUCUUGGAAGCCAGCACUUCUGCAGUCUCUUCAAGACGUUGAAUCUGCGUUGUCUCCCGUUAAAUACCGACCGUCUCUCAGAACUGCACCGUUGUGCAGGUUUACUUCUCUUCUCUGCACAGCAAAACACAUCUUAUUAACCAUCGACACUCAAGUGUCCUCUAAGCAGCAGUCAUGGUUUCUUUUUCAUGUGAGGCCUGCGGCGACGUUCUUACCAAGAAGAAGCUUGAUCCUCAUCGUAACCGCUGUCGCGGCGCUACCUUCACCUGCAUUGAUUGUAUGGUGUAUUUCCCUGGCGUCCAAUACCGAUCACAUACCAGUUGUAUGACCGAAGAUCAGAAGUACCAAGGUGCGCUCUAUAAGGACAAGAAGAACAAGAAACAGAAACACAGCCACCCCAACGAUAACCAGCAACAUUACACCCAAGACCAAGCCAUGACUGAAGUUCAAACUCUCCCCAACAACACUGGUAACAUGAGCCACUACGCCUACGUUGAAGACGUCCCUGAGGAUCAGUUCGGCUGGGCCGAGUACGAAGAAAGCAGUGACGAUGAAUCGCCAAACGGCCCGCCCCCAGAGGCUCCUACGCCUCCUUCUGCUGCCCCGGAGCCACAUGUGGAUGUAUUUGAAUUCCUCGUUGGAACUGGACAAACACCUAAUGCUUCCAACAUGAAUCUCGACGCGGAGCCAGGCAACUCACUGGUACGAUACGAACCCAAGGACAAGGGCGACGAAUACGGCUUCGUGGAUGAUGACGAUGAACCUGCAGUCGAAUAUGGAAGUGGCCCCGUGCCAGCCGCCGAAUUUGUUACACCCGCUUCAAAAUCCGAAAGACGCAAAAGCCGGACCAGCACUGAGAAGAAAGACAAGAAGCGCAAGCGAUUACAUAUCGAUGUUCCUAGUGACCAAGUUAUGACGGAUGCCCCACCGGUUCUUCACUCAGGACUCACUGGCGGCAUCAACCGAAUGAUGCGUCCUGUAUUCCCCCCGUCCCCUGAUUACUCUGGCGGUGACGCUCCGGAAAUUUCCCCCGCGAGCCCUCUGAAGAAGUCAAAGCACUCUAAACAUUCUAAGCACUCGAAGCAUGCCUCUACUGGUCAUAGCCUCUUUGGCAUGAUUGCCGGCAGCAAGCCCAAGUCCAAGUCCAAGACGAAAACCAAGUCGUCAAGCAAGACCAAGAAGAGUUCUUCCUCUUCCAAGAAGUCCCAUAAAGAGAAGAAGCCUCAGCAGCUCAUCGAGUAUCGCCCUCAGAGCAAAGAUGGCAAAACAGACCCCAGCGCUGGACAAGUCGUCCUCUACAAGCCUCGAGCCGAUGUCUUCCUCAGCUUUGUCGACAAGGGUCCUGAGAGUGAGAAGGGCGUCAGCUUAAACAGGGUUCUAAAGCGUUUCCACCGAGAACGUGAGGCUACUGGCAGCGAGUUGGGUAAGGGCAAGGAAGAGAAAGAACUCUGGAGAUCCCUCCGACUUCGACAGAAUGAACAAGGAGAGAUCGUCCUGUUCUCUGUUGAGUGAUUAUCCAACUUCAAAUUCAACCAAAAAAAAAAAAAAAAAAGAGCGGUAUCGGAAGAUCAGGCCGAAAAUCGGACAGACACCGGGCAUGGGAUUCCAGGAGUUUAUGAGGAUGAUGCAUUGAGACAACGGUUUUUUCCACGAUACCUUUAUGGACAAGCUUUUAUUUUGUACAAGUUUUCGGGAACAGAUGGGAUCGGAGGGGUUCAGUGGCUCGUCAGGUGUGUAUCUGGCGGUUGCGAGUAUUGGGGCCCCUGGAUCUCCAUCAGUAAUUGUGUAUAGUAUGUAUACAACGGAACGGACGGGCAUCUGUUGCUGGAUGCAAGGAUGGACCAUUUCUCUUGGUGUUGAGAUUUAUUCUUUCAAGACUAUGCUUUGGGAAACCGAAUGGCAGAUAAUGAGCGGUUGGUGCAUCGGACGGACUGGAAUGGACUGGAAUGGAUACCACGAGAGGAUUGGAGCGUUUUUUUUUUAUUUUUAUAGCGGCAUGAGCCUGCUCUGAUGAUACCCAUGGGCCCUGAGCCACGGUAUCUCUUUGUUUUGUUUUUAGCAUCUCGCAUCGAGGAUGUGAUUGAGCAUAUUAAUAUUUGUUCAUCUGAAUUGGAUAUCUUGCAAAUCACAUCUAACUAGUAAGCCAUUACAUCACACGUAGUGGUAAGAUGUGUUGAGCCAUGGCUUCACGUCGACAUAAAGGGCAUUCGGGUUUUUCCCUCACCCAGUCUCCUAUACACUCCCAACAGAAGACAUGACCGCAUUGUGUCGCUGAGGGAUCUCUCAUCUCUUCCAAGCACAGUGUGCACUUUCUUUGUUGUCCACCCUUGAUGUAGCCCAUGGCCUUGCCAUCAGUCAAUUGAAUACGUGGUACAGCUGCUGCUGGGGUGUGUGUGGCAGCAAAGAUGUCGACUUUAGCCUUUGAGCUUGAAGCUCCUGUGGGUAGCAAUAGGUUGUUAUCGCCAUUGUAGGCUCCGUCAUGAUUCAAAGAGAUAUCAUCAGAAGCCCCAAAAGCAGCGCGUUCGCGAGCUGCUGACUCGGUAAUUGUAGAUCGAACAUGGGUAUAGCCCUGGACCGCAAGUUGAAUGACUAGCAGUACACCUAGGAGUUCGUAUCCUGCACGAUCGGGUGUAUCAGGAACGGUACGUGUGAAAACGUAUCGCAGGGAAAGAAGCCUCUUGGACAGCUGGUAAUAUGUACCACUGAAGUAGAAAAGGGCUAGAAUAACGGCCUUGAAAGGAGCGCCUGAUGUGAAAGAGCCCAGAUGCUGGUCUAAGUAAGACCACAUGCGCGCUUCGCACCCUGUCGCCGAGCCGUUAUCUCGUUUGCGAAGGCCCUCUAACCGGCGCUGUAGAAGGUUGCGCAACCGAGCGCGUAGUCCAGGGAGAAUCCGGGCCGCGAUAUAGGGGAGAAGAAUGCUGGCAGCUACGUAGCCUGCGCGACGGCCGAUAGCAGGAAGUUGACCAUCACGCGCAUCUAUCUGCACAAGAUCGCAAUACUCCUCACCUAGGGUUCGGUUGCCGGGAAUUGUAGUGAGAGUAAAGUAGGCGAGCGUUGCCAGGGUCUGAAUCUCGGGUGCGCAGGCGUGUGUGAGACGGGCACCGCGAAGGCGACGAUGCAGAUCGCUCAGGAUCUGCGUGAGGUGGCCGGUGAAGUAUGCAUCCUUUUGGUGAGAGCGGAUGAUGUCGGGGGCGGUGGCAAAGGGAUAUGGUGAUGCUGAUGAGGACGAUGCUGAAGAGGAGGAGGAGGACAUGAUGGUGUAUGAUCGGCAAAAGAGAGCGCGCAUGCGCAUGCACGAGGUGUGAUGGAUGGAUGGAUGGGAGGACCGAGCGUGAUUUGAUUAUUCGGGCAGUAUGAAGGCGAAAUGAACGAAGGCCAAAGUCGAGGAUUAGUAGAGACCGGAAUCACAAUUUGGUGAAGAAGGAAGAUGAUUAAUAAAUUGGCGGUUGGUGUUUAAGCAGCAAAACGAACCUCGGUCGGGACAAGGUUAGGCUGAAGCGCUAAGUUAGCAUUUCGGUCAUCGGUAAGUACUCCCCGCGUUCUUUGCCAUGUGAGUAAAUAUUUCCUCUUUAAGGUAGGAAAUGCACACACUUAACUUAGGCAUUAGGAGUAGAUAUCCCAUCUUGUGCAGGAUGGGGGCAGUAAGAUAUGAGGGAACUAUCGCCGUAUCUCUUAAUGAUGCCGUGGUCAUUUGAGACAUGGAGAAUGCAGUACGCAAAAUGCGAAGUGGAGGCAGGAGGAUAGUUAGACGAACACUUUUAGAACCUGUAUCCCAAGGGAUCAAAAGAUUUAGGUAAAUUUAGUAUAACUUAGUAAAGCUUUAGACUAGAUACUCUGUAGUCAUUGGAUAGAUAAUGCCCAGUCAGUCAGC